AAGAAGAGCCGGUUAUAUAAAGCUGGAGAAAGGGUAAAGCUUCGGGGGAACUUGGAAAUGGCUGCGGGACGGCCUUAUAUUUACAUAAAUCGCCUCCUUCUUGCUCGGCAGCAACAUACGAAUCAGUUGACGGUAGUGGCUACUAGAAGCAUUCUCGCUGAUUUCCAUAGUUCAAGAUAUGAAACAAGGAGCCACUUCUCCACUUCUUGUCCUACAGGCAUACUGAACUUAUGCUCUCCGUCCAUCCCAACUCAAAAAAGAUGGGCUUCACAUUCUGCAGCUACAAGAACCACAGAUGAUGACAGCAAGAUUAGCAUUGGACCAAAAAACAUAAAACUCGAAGAAAAUGACAAAGAAAGCGGAUUCAUCUACUAUGGACCUAUCUCAGCGACAAUAAAGAAAGUGAAGCUUCUCUCUCUCUCCACUUGCUGUCUCUCAGUUUCCUUGGGCCCUGUAAUCACUUUCAUGACCUCACCUGACAUGAAUGUUAUUCUGAAAGGAGCUGUUGCUAGCACUGUAAUGGUUCUCAGUGCUUCCACAACCGCAGCUUUACACUGGUUCGUCAGCCCUUACAUUCAUAAACUCAGAUGGAAGCCUGGUUCUGAUUCCUUUGACGUUGAAAUGAUGAGUUGGUUGGCAACUUAUAUUCCCAGAACAAUCAAGUUUUCUGAUGUCAGACCUGCCAAGACCAAUCGGCCAUUUGUAACCUUCAAAGCUGAUGGAAACUUUUAUUUUGUCGAUGCAGAGCAUUGUCAUAAUAAGGCAUUACUAGCAAGGCUGACACCCCAGGAACAAGCUCAUGAGUCUGCUUUUAAAAACCUGUGACUCAGAGAAAUCAGAGAAUUUUUCUUGGCUGCUAAUUGAUGCAAAACGGGCCAUGUUUCAGUUCCUAUUAAGUUUUUCUUUGGCGUGAUAUUCUGAUUUUUAUGUGAAACUUUAUCUUUACAUAUAGUUUGAGAACUUGAGCUGUUUAUGGCUA